AACAACGUGCGCAUUUAUAAAUUAAAAUCGAAACUCUCUUUUUCCUCGCAAGUGUAAUAAUAUAUUUUAUCAAUACUUACGUAACAAUCAACAACAAAAUAUACAUUAACGAUGCCACGUACGGAUCAACAAUGCCAUAUACGCAUUUAUUUAGAUAGACUAGUUUGUGUUUUGAUUUCAAGAGUCGACCGAAAGACGCCUUUUUCGUGCUGUUUAUAUUUUGUCCUCAAGGACUUCUCAAAUUUCUUUCUCACGUAAAUGACACGUUACGUCUCUUUUUCAUUGUCGACUAAACAGUUCUAGUAAAGACAUCAUCGCUUCGACAAAAAGAUUUAGUCGCUAUUCGUCACUCUAGGAAGACGGUCGUAAGGCAAUUUUGCCGGUGAGUUUUAUUCAUUUUAAGGCAUAAUUUAUUUUUUUAUCAAUUUUAACGUCUUAUAUUAUUUUAAAUAAAUAUUAAUAAUUUUUCUCUUUUUUUUUUACGAUUACAAUUUAAUUUUAUAUCAUUGUUAAGCGACGUUACAUGUUGAUGCGUAUAUAUGUAUAUGUAUUGGAUGAUUAGAACAAAAUUAUGCAAAUCUUUCGUCGGAAAAAGAUAAUUUGUUCGAUUGUUUUUAAUCAACGAUUUUCUCUCGUAUAUGUAAUUAAGAUUAGCAAUAUAAAUAAGAGUUCUUUAUUCAGUAAUAAUAUCAUGGUUAUACGAUAUAAAGAAGACGAAAAAACACUCGAUUUUGUUAGUAGUAAAAAUCUCCUAAAAAGGAAUGAAAGAGUGGGGAUAGUCAUAUCUUUUUGUAUUGGAAUACACGUGUGUAUUCUUAUUUUACACGUUCGUACUAUAGUGUGGUUCAAUUGUUCUUUACACUUGUAAUUCAUUGGAACAAUGGUACGAUUUACCGUUCAUUAAGAUUAUAGUAGAUUAUAUUUUAAUAGUAACCACAUAGAUACCGACAGCUGGUCCGUAGAUACGUAAUUUUUAUUUCUAAUCCGUUCAUUUUUUCCUUUGAAAUAUUUUCUUAAAAAUUUACAGUAACAUGUCUGCCAAAUAUAAGUCAAUGAUUUAAGAUAAUUGGUGAUUAAUUAUAGUUUAAUUACUUUAAAGAUAUAUAUGAAAAUAAACUAUCCAUUUAUGUUCGUUCCGAUGUUCACUUUAUUUUUUAGGUAUUAUGAAUAUUAAAGAGGACAAUGUAAUUAGUAGUUUGGAAGGAGAUGCUUGGGCAUCUUCGAAUAAUUUAAAAGACGAAAGAAUGGAUAGUACCGUUGAUGUAUCUGAUUGUUUUAGAAAGGAACAUGAUUUAUCAAUGAUUAGGACAGAUGUUUCUGACAAUCAAAUUGAAUUAGUAUUAUUAACAGAGACUGAGAAAGAAAAUGAAUGUAUUAUUGAAAUAUCAGAUUCUGUCGUUGACUGCGUUAAUGAGACUUCUAAUGAUUUUACUAAAGCACCAAAUGAUUCAAUAUGGAUUAUGACGGAUAAGGAGACACAAGAUGUCAAUAAAAAAAUUCUUUCCUUAGAUUCACAAGUGUUCAAAUUAGCCAUGUUGGAAGCAGAUAAUACGGUAUCUUAUUUGCCAUAUAAAUAUGAUUCAAGAAAUAAUAGAGACUCGUUAAAAUUGCAAUCUGAUAAGAAUUCAUUUGUACUUAAUAAUCUGUGUAAUACUCGUAGUUUACCUAACAUAUUAAGAGGCCCCAAAACAUUUUCUAAACAUGAUACAUCUUCUAUUCCGUUUGAAACAGAAGAUAAUUCUUAUAAUAAUAAUUUCGUACUUGAAAAUAACGUUUUUGAAGAAGAUAACAUUAAGAGUAUUACAAAAUCCCAUCAUAAAAGAAAACAAAGACAUAAUCCAUUGAUUAUACAAGAAGAACCAGUUAAUUGGGUGGUUAAUACUACAGAUAAUUGUGAUGAUAGUUGUAUAAGAAAAAAUAAGUUCAAUUCGAGGAGAGCAGUGAAAUUUAAUCAUAGUGAUAAAAGAAAAAUGAAUCAUAAAAAAAAAUCAUUUUUAUUUAAAAAGGUAAAUGAUAAACAUGAUAAAAAUGUGAAACAAGCUUUCCAGGAAUCUAAUGUUAUUAUAGAUUCUACUAUGCCUUGGAAUAAUGUUUUGGAACAAAGUAAGGAAAAAAAUAAUGAUUUAGAUCUUUCUAUCAAAUUCAAUACAUUUUAUGAAGAACAGUUUCACGAAGAUUAUACAGAUCACUUUGACAUCUUAACAGAUGUUAUAAAAGAACAACAAGUUUUAGGUGAUAAAUGUUGUGAUAUAAAUUCUAAUAACAUUCAUAGUUCUAAUGUUGUAGACUAUCCAGAAUUACAAUGUCAGGAUCUUCUAAGAUAUAAUUUUAUAGAUCAGAUAGAAAAUAGCUGGGAAGGUAAGAAUGUUAUUUUUAAAGAUGAUAGCUUAUCGGAUUGCGAAGACUAUUUUCAACAUAAAAAUAAAAAUUAUUUACUGUUUGGGAAAUGUUCAGAUACAAAACAUAUUUCUUCAAAUGAGUGUGAUUUAGAAAAGGCAAGUAUUUAUACUAUGCACGAUAAAAGUUAUUUAUCAAAUUAUUUUAAUGAUUCAUUGGAUGAUGCAUUCUACCAAGAUAAUCUAUCAUAUAAUUGUCUACAAAAUUCUUUAAAUAAAAACAAAACUAAAAAUUUGGAUAAUCUGUUAUUUGAAGAAAAAAAAAUUGAAACUUAUUUGGGAAGCCAAUUAAAUAAUGAUUUAAAUUCUCCAAAUAUUAAUUUUGCACCUGCUAGUAUUAAUAAAAAUACAACACAUGAUUUUUCAAGUAAUGAUUUAGAACAUUCAACUAUUAUAAGCCAGAAAAUUAAUGCACAACAGAAUGUUCGGUCUGAUGUACUUUUCAACACGGAUCUUUCUGCAAAAUUCUCAUCAGAUUCAAAAAAUAUAGCAUUAACAAAUUUACCUGAGAAUAAUUUAGAAAAAGUAGUACAAGAAGAAAAAGAAAUGCAUUAUAAUUAUAUGAUUGUCCAUAAAUUUGAUGAAGAAUUUAAGUUAAAAUGUAAUUAUGAAGAAGCAAAUAAUAAACUAUUUCUAAUGAAAGAAAGUGACUCAAAUAUAGCGGAAAAUCAUAAUUCAAAUGAUAUAAAAAAAACAAAAAAUGUUAUGGAACCUUUACAGUGUUUACUAUGCCCAUUAAAAUUUUCAACCAAACGUUCACUGGCAUUACAUAUAACAGGGGCACAUGGAGGUAGUAAACAUGUUUUUUUUUUCUACAUGUAUUUAUAUAUUCUUAAUUUUAUCAUUACAUAUCUUUUUAUAGAUAUGUAUGUAAUAUUAUGCGAACGUUGCGGUCGACUUUUCAAUAAAAAGUAUAUCUUUAAUAAACACUUUAUACAUUGUGGCUGUGUUAAACUACCUUUUACUUGUAAAACGUGUAAUAGAAAUUACAGGCAUAAAUCAUCUUUGUUGCACCAUCUUAAAAUCGUGCAUCAAAUGGAAAAUAAACAACAUACAACAAAGGCAUAUAAAUGCGAUAUAUGUUCCAAAAUAUAUAGAAAAUAUGGUGCUUUUGAAAAGCAUUUGGGUAUACAUGUUACUUCCCAAAAAUCUCUAAAUCUAAGGAAUAGGAAAUAUACUUUCAUAGUCGCUGAUUAAUGUUAAUAAUAACGAAUUAUUGAAAUAAGUAGGUUAUGCUCAAGCAAUUAAAUAAUUAUUAUUUUACAAUCAAUUUCAUAUGACAUAUUAUUUUUAUAAGUUUGCAACAAUAUUUUUUAUAUACUUGAUAGAAAACUUUUUGUUUUUUGUUUAGUUCACGCACCGUUUAAUUUUCGUUCGUUUAAACAAAUUAAUCGACAUAAAAGAAACAGAGUGGAAAAGAAAAUGAAAGAAAAUUGUCGUUCAAACGUCCUUACAUCGAUUCCUUUAAGAGAUUAAGUAUUUUUUAUGUUACAUAAUGUUCUAUUUAUGUAAAUUCGACUGACUUAGAUUAUACUGCUAUAGUUAAUAUUUAUAUAUAUAUAUAAACUAUAUCUACAUGUAUGUAUAUACGUAUAUAAACUAUAUACUAUAUAUAUAUAUAUAUUUGUUUAAUAAUUGUUUUAUGUGCUAAUUUUAUUUUUAUAUUUUUUAUAAACGUGUAUAAAUGGAUUAUAUUAGAAAACAUUUCGAUCAAAACUAAUUUUAUCAUUUAACAUAUACAUACACGUUAUGAUAAAUAAAACUUGUCGUAUUUUUGUUCAUUUAAUCGCUUUAAGAACAAAGAUAUAGAAAAUCGAAGUCAUUGUAAACUAUAAAACGAAAAAUUAUUAAUAGAAAAUUAUAUCGGCGAAUAUUUGUAUGUAUUUAAUUUUUGAUAGUAGGACAAUCUCAUUACAAAGAAAUCUCCUGCGGUAAUUUAACACGAGAUAAACAAAUAAACAAAAUAGAGGUGACUGAAAGUUAAUAUCAUUUCAAAUUGUACGCAGUAUUUCCAACAAUCUCUGGCCUUGAAUGUAACGUAUAAAAAAAAAUGUCAAAUACAUAACAAAAAUUAUAAUAUUUUUAUAUGAUAUUUAAUAUGUUUCGUAAAAAUAAAAAAGAAAUGAAUAAAAGAAACUAUCACCUUUUCAAUAAGAAAUUCUCCAAAAUAACAAUAUAUGGAAAUAUUGUGUGUAAAAAAUGUAUAGGAAGUAUAUACGAAGAUUCCACUUGCAUAUUAAUUACAAUAAUUAAUUAAAAUAAUUAUUCCUUUAUAAUUCAUUACGACAGAUCAAUGAACGUCCGUACCAAGAGUAAAAAUUGUUUCUCAACAAUUUGAAACAAUAUUAAUCCACGAAAAGAAACCUUCACGAUUUUCACGUAUCUAAAAUCGCACGUAAAAUAAAUGUUAAAUAAUAAAUAAUUAAAAAAGAUAAAAAGAAAAUAAAAGAAAUGAUAAAACUUAUUUAAUUAUCGAUACGUGACAUUUGACGAUACGACUUAAAACAAGCACAUUGUCUAAUACUAUUAUUGGUAUUAUUCCCUUGUGUUUAAUUAUUGUUGUUAAUGAGUUGUCCGCACGCAUGAAAGACUGCGACACAUAGAAAAAAAUCCGUUGAGAGGAUCACGCACGCGAUAAAAAAGCUUUGAGUUAAUUGCAUCAUAUAAAUUAUCUAGAAGACAAGCAUUCAUUUCUCAUUGAGCGGAAACGAUCCUUCGACUAAUUAGUACAAUUUAAUUAAUUUUUUUAUCGUUAAAAUUUAAAUACGAUUUAUUAUUAUUGACGAUGCGUCCGUCCAUUCUAGAUCGAUACAAGCUUACGAAUUAAAUAAUACAUCUUUUUUUUUUUUUUUUUCUUAUUUUAAUCCAAGAAGAAAAUAAUCUUUUUUGUUUUCACCCAUAAAUGAUAUA